AUGUCACUUACGUCUCAAAAGAUAUUUCGGCGACCCAAGUUUAGCCCAGUCCCACCUAAGAAUUACGCUGAUUCCGAUGAUGAGGCCAUAUCAACACUUUCGGACUUGAUACGAUUUAACUCUGAGAAUAAUGCAGAGCAUAUAUUUUGCAUUCAGGCACAAUCUGAAAAAGUGGAUUCAAGCUUGUCUGGCGAUGUUACGUACAGGGGUGUUAAGAUCACUUUUGCGCAGCUUGACCGUGCAAUUCAGCAGUGUGUGCUAUGGCUGAGUGACGGCUACUCCCAAACAUUUUCAGAGUCUGGGGCGCCGAUUGCGCUGUAUGUUGAAAGCGAUGUUGGCUUGCUCAUCUAUCUUUCUGCGUUGCAAAUAUUAGAUAUACCACUCCUACUCAUCUCCGCCAGGCUUAGCCCGGAUAGCGUCGCACACCUACUAGAAAAGACAGGCUCCAAGAAUGUUUUGGUAUCAAAGCGAACAAGAAAUUUACUUGUUGGACAGCUUGAUGACUGUUUCAACAUGAUCAAUGUUAUGCCGUACACAAUGUUCUUGGACCUUGGUACCAGGGACUGUUCUGCAGAUGACAAUUACAAGAAGCUGUUCACUCAGCGUAAGAGCCACGAGAGCGAGAGAUCUCUUAUACUGCAUUCAUCCGGCACAACAGGUUUCCCUAAACCCAUUUACCUGACCAAGCGAUACUUGUUACAAUACGCUUCUUGCCAUGAAUUUCCUGGUCACGAGGUCAUUGACUGGGUGAACCUAUCGACUCUGCCGCUUUACCAUGGAUUCGGCUUCCUUGCUCCAUGUCUCAGUCUAUCUGUGGGAAUGACCUGUGGUUUCCCACCUUCAUCCAUCAUUAGCGCUGGACGGUCAACUCUUGAUUUACUCAAUGCGUUCAGUUGCAGAUCACUGAUGACCGUGCCAAGUAUCGUUGGUGAUCUAAUGACGCAAGACGGGGUUUUCGAGCGUCUCGCGAGUUUGGAGUUUCUUGCCGUUGGAGGUGGUGCCAUGAGCCCUGACCAAGGUCUGCGACUCAAAGAACAAAACGUGAAUCUGCUCAACCAUUAUGGCGUCACAGAAAUUGGCGCGAUUGCGCCGAUUUUCCGACCUGGACCAGAUUAUAAUUGGCGGUAUCUCAGGCUGCGAUCUGAUCUUGGGCUUGAGCUGCACUCAAUUCCAAGCUCAAGCCAUUUCAAGUUGGUUGGCUAUCCAAUCGGCUGGGGUGAACGGUUUGAAGUGCAAGAUGAGCUGGAGAAGAACCCAGAUACCGUGGGUGACUACUUGGAGGUCCGCAUCCUCGGACGAACAGACGACGUCAUUGUGCUCAAAACCGGGGAAAAGAUUACGCCGCAGCAAUUGGAAAGGGAGCUCAUGGCGUCUCCAGUGAUUAAGACUGCAAUUUGUAUUGGCGAGGGACAAUUUGAAGUAGUCGUUCUUGUUGAACCUGCUUCGUAUCCCCUCGAUGAAGCGGAGUUCAUUGACCAAGUCUGGGAUCUUGUAUCCUCCAAGAACACAUCCCUCGACCGCCAUGCGAAAGUGUCUUCCAAGAAAGCCAUAAUAGUCAAGCCGGUAGGCAAGAUGAUCCCAAGAACUGACAAGGGAUCUGUUAGCCGCAGACAGGUUCGGGAUGUCUUUUCUGACGAGAUUCAGGCCGCAUACGCAGCGAUUGAGAUUGAUCUUCCUAUUCAAAACCUUGACUGGGCUGAUCUAGAGAGUAGUAUUCGAGCUCUAGUGAAAGGAAUUUUUAAAGACUUUGACUCUAGUUCAGACGAAGACUUUUUCGAGGCUGGUAUGGACUCGCUGCAAGCCGUUCGUUUAGCACGGCAGCUAAAUGUCUCCCUACAACAGUCAACAACAUUACAGGUGGCUAGGAGUGAGGUUUCUGCUGAGUUAGUGUAUAGACAUCCAACAAUAUCAGCACUUGUGGAGUAUGUCAAGGCUCAGAGGAACAACUUCAACGGCGAAAUGGAGACAUCUACCUCUGAGGAUAAUACUGCCCGUGUAAAAGCCUUAUCGGAAAGAUUCACUGCAAAUCUCUACUGUGAAGAGGAUGUUGGCUAUCCCAAAACAACAAAGCGCGUGGUAUUGUUGACUGGCGCAACUGGAAACCUUGGCUCUCACAUGCUAAGCCAGCUUGUCCAGAACACAUCCGUUUCAAAAGUCAUAUGCUUAUACCGCCAGACGAAGGAUGAUAAUCUACUGAAUAGAAUACGGUUGUCCGUGUCUGCUUGUGGCUUAUUGUUGGAUGAAAGUUGUUGGGCCAAAGUUGAGCUCGUUGAAGCUGCCGAAUUUAUUCGCGGCAUUGGUCCGAUCCAAGAUCCAGUUGAACGAGACCCCAAUGAUGGAGUCUCAAAUGGAAAUGACGGUUUUAAUUUAUUCACGCGUCUUGCUCAAGAUGUGACUCAUCUUGUACAUCUUGCGUGGCCCAUAGACUUUCAGAGGACACUAGAAAGCUUCAUCCCUCACAUUAAAAUGGUCGAGGCCCUGAUCAAUCUCGCGAGAGCAGCCCACACCUCUCAAAGAGCCAGAAGGCAGCCACCGGCAAGACUCUUGUUUGCCUCUUCCAUAGCAGUUGUUAGGAACUAUGGUAAAGAGUUCCCUGCUUCGUCUUCAUCGAUCAUUGUGCCAGAGGAGGAAAUGCAGACUCCAGAGACAGUGGCACCCAUGGGCUAUGCAGAGGCCAAAUGGGUAUGCGAACGUUUGCUCGGUCAUGUUGGUCGCCACUUAUCAGACGAAAUUGAGCCUGUUAUUGUACGAAUUGGCCAACUUGGUGGGCCGGAGGCAUCGCCGGGAAUAUGGAAGACGUCGGAGCAUAUUCCGGCAUUAUUGAAGGCGAGUCAUCUCGUUGAAGCCAUGCCUCAACUUGAAGGAGCCUCUCCUGACAGGAAGAUGCCCUACCAGGAAUGGCUCCGUAAGGUAUCAAGUCUGGGUGUGUUCGACUCCCUGGUCGAUUUCUUCACCAACGAUUUCCAAGACUUAGCUCUUGGGAAGAUUCAACUAGAUACGAAGAAAGCCAUACACUGCUCAAAGACAUUGCAUGAGUCGCGGGGUGUUGAUGACGACUUAUUAAUAGAAUACAUCAGGCGGUGGGAGAAACAGGGAAUGUUUACAAAAGCUGCGCAAUAG